ACUAGUUACUCUUAAAAACGAAAAACCACACGAUUCUUAAAAAAAUAAAAAAUAAAAAGGAAGAAGACAUGUUCCCACUCUCACCACAAGCCACCGGUGACGGCCGUCGCAACCACUUGUUGCCUCCUAACCUGAUAGUUGGUCUUUUUAUAUCUCUGUUCUUCAUCCUCAAGGCAAUGCCUUCAUUCAUCUCUUUCACCUCAAAAGUAUUCACACCACUGCUUGUCCUGCUUCUUUUCGUCACUGUCUGUGUUUUCCUCACCAUCAACAACAGUGACAACACAGGCUCCUAUAAUAGAAAUGAUGAACAUGCAUGUAAUAACAGUAGUGAUGAUCUACUUCCAGAUACUUCAUCACCAUCAUCUACUGCAGCCCAGCAACCUCCGUCACCGGAUAAGAAAGUGAGAUCCAAGGAUAAGAAAGUGAGAUCCAAUAAAGUUGAUGAUCAGGAUCUGAAGAGACCAGAUACUUCAUCACCAUCAUCUACUGCAGCCCAGCAACCUCCGUCACCGGAUAAGAAAGUGAGAUCCAAGGAUAAGAAAGUGAGAUCCAAUAAAGUGAGAUCCAAGGAUAAGAAAGUGAGAUCCAAUAAAGUUGAUGAUCAGGAUCUGAAGAGACCAGAUACUUCAUCACCAUCAUCUACUGCAGCCCAGCAACCUCCGUCACCGGAUAAGAAAGUGAGAUCCAAGGAUAAGAAAGUGAGAUCCAAUAAAGUGAGAUCCAAGGAUAAGAAAGUGAGAUCCAAUAAAGUUGAUGAUCAGGAUCUGAAGAGACCAGAUACUUCAUCACCAUCAUCUACUGCAGCCCAGCAACCUCCGUCACCGGAUAAGAAAGUGAGAUCCAAGGAUAAGAAAGUGAGAUCCAAUAAAGUUGAUGAUCAGGAUCUGAAGAGACCAGAUACUUCAUCGCCAUCAUCUACUGCAGCCCAGCAACCUCCGUCACCGGAUAAGAAAGUGAGACCACCACCACCACUACCGUUCAAAACUCUGCCACGUGAGCCCACAACCUAUGUUCUGGUUAAUAGUAUAAGUUCUGAUUCAGCAGACUCGACUGACGUCAAGGCUGAAGACUUCAUUCGAAAGUUUAGGGAGAGACAAGCAAGGGAGAGAGAAGUCUAAUCCUGCUAGGCUGAGAAGUUCGAAAACCAGGUGCAAGAAUGAGAAGUGGUAUUUUAAACUCAAUUGUUUUCUAUUUGAACUUUAGCUGUCUUUCUGUGUUCUUCUGUAUAUGAGACCGAGUAGUCUUGGUUGGCAUGUUACAGAAAAUAAUGCAUUGUCUACCAUUGUAUGUAUGAGUCUUGACGUUAUCAUAUUAUGUUUUUUGAAUAA